AUGGCGCCCGCUGCCCCGCCGCCACCGCCUCCGGGGAGCCGGGGAGGAGAAAUUAAUGCUUCCCCCCCUGCCGCUGGAAGUCUGGAGAGCCUGAGUACAGGGACCAGGCAGAAGGCACCGAGCCCGCGACUCGCAGCCCAGUGGCUGGAAGCAAAAGCAGAAGGCUCCGUGUCUGCCCGUCUCUCCCUCUCCCCCCCCACACCCCGCCCCGCCCUCCCCUCACCGGCCUUGCAGGACGUUGUUGCCGCCGCCGAGCAGAGCGAUCCCCCUGUGGAAAGGCAAGCGGUUCUCGUCGACUGUGGUGCCCGCUGCCCCAGUGCUGCCCUCGCCGCCUCCAGCCACGGCGCCAUUGUUGGUGCCGCUGUUGCCGGCUGCGACGGCCGAGGCAGUGCCGGGGGCGGUGCUCGUGGACCCGUUGAAGAAGCGGCUGAAGGUGGGAGGGGAGACGGGCCGGGUGCCGAGCGCUCGAUCGGCGGCUCCGUGACAGGGAGGGCAAUCUUACAAAAUGUCAAAAGAAGAGGCCAAGGCGAUCCCCGUGAGGGUGGCUGUCAGAUUGUGGGACUGACAGAACUCGAGGUGACUUGCGCUCAAGAGACGGUCAUCUGCCUGGAGCAGGGGAACAAUUCUCGGACGGUGGCUGCCACAGCGAUGAACACGCAGUCGUCUCGAUCCCACGCAAUCUUCACCAUUUUUGUUGAACAGAGAAGCAAGAAGGACACGAAUGUCAGCCUCCAUUCCAAGCUGCACCUUGUGGAUUUGGCUGGCUCAGAACGACAAAAGAAGACCAAAGCAGAAGGAGAUCGGCUAAUGGAAGGAAUCAACAUUAACAAAAGCCUCCUCUGCCUGGGAAACGACAUCAGUGCUCUUGGGGAUGAAACCAAGCGAGGCAACCAUGUCCCUUAUAGGGACUCGAAGCUCACGCGCCUCUUGCAAAAUUCCCUGGGAGGCAACAGCCACACUCUGAUGAUCGCCUGCGUCAGCCCAGCGGAUUCCAACCUGGAAGAGACCCUGAACACCCUUCGCUACGCCGACUGGGCGAGGAAAAUAAAGAAUAAGCCCGUAGUGAACGUUGACCCCCAGGCAGCAGAGAUCAACCAGUUGAGGCUGCAGGUUCAACAGCUUCAGGUCUUACUGCUCCAGGCUCAUGGUGGGACACUUCCAGUGUCUAUUGGUGGGGAACCGUCGGAAAACUUGCAGCCCAUGAUGGAGAGGAACCAGGCCCUGGCGGAGGAGAAUGAGAAACUGAGCCGGGGCUUGAGUGAGGCCGCCGGCCAGAUCGCCCAAAUGCUCGAGAGGAUCAUUAUGACGGAGCAGCAGAACGAGAAGAUCAACGCUAAGCUGGAGGAGCUCCAGCAGCACGAAGCAUUGAAACUGGAUCUGCAGAAGCUGCACGAGGUUCUGGAGGAUGACGAGCUAAAGCAGCACGUGGAGCUGGUUUGCAGCAAGCGAUUGAACGAAAGUCCUCCCGGCAAUGCCGAAAUGGACACGUCCAAACAGGACUCUGGGGCUCUUGCGGAAGCCAGCCUGGGUGACCAGAGCGCGUCAGAGGAAUACACCACCCGGCACGCUCUCCACCAGGCCCAGAUGUCCAAAGAGCUGCUGGAGCUCAACAAAGCCCUGGCUCUGAAGGAAGCCCUGGCGAGGAAGAUGACUCAGAAUGACAGCCAGCUGGAGCCCAUUCAGUGCCAAUACCAGACUAAUAUCAAAGACUUGGAGGUGGAAGUUGCCAAGCUGCAGAAAGAGAAAGAAAACGCUUCCAUGAGAAAGCGGACCCUUCUGUGCCCCCUCGUUACUCCUGCACCGCUCAGUCCUCGCGUCCCCUUCUACCCGGCGCUUGUCGGAGCCACGCCGCAGCUACCCUUGACGGCGGCAGAGCUGGAAGUCCCUUUUUCUCGUCGCAAAGGAGGCGGCGGCGGCUGGUUGCCGGAGCCCAGAACUACGCAAGUCCCGCUGGGAAGGCGGCUUGAGGCAGCUGCGUCGGAGUCGAGACACGUGGAGGGAGGCCGUGGGUCGUCGUCGCUGGAGCCGCCCGGCCUGCUCUCUCGCGGGCGCGCCGGUGGAGGCAACAGGCGGCUGGAGGGAAUUCUGCCGAAACUCGGAAGGCUUCCCAGGGGCGGCGCCCUCCCGUCGCUCGCAGUCUGGCGAGGGCCGGGCUGCCCUGCCCACCUUCAGCGCCGGCGAGGAGCCGUUGUGCUGGCCUCGAGUCGCUGCUGUGAGCGUCCGUCCGUCCAGUCAGCGCCGCCAAGCAGGUAA